UUCAACUUUGACGUCUCUUCCAACGGGAGGUCAUUUGUUUUUAGUCCGGCAAAACGCUAAAAAUAUCCGGCUAAACUCAUUGAUUAUCGGAUUAAUUAUUAAAGAUUACAAUGGAUAAUCCACAAAUUAAAUAGUUCAUCGACUAUAUUUGCAUUUGAUACUUUAUUAUUUUAUUUGAAAGAAAAUGGCUGAAAUCAACUUAGCCCUCACUAAAGAAGGCUGGUACCUUACAGACGAAGGAAUAGAGGAGUUGAAAGGCACUUCUGAGAACCCCUCGGCUGAUUACAUUAUUCGCAUUGCACUCAAUAAUGACCUGAGGCCUAUUGGCAGGAAGUUUCUCCCUGCGGACAUCAACAGUGGCCGGGUGGAGAAGUUGGAGGGUCCGUGUGUGCUGCAGGUUCAGAAGGUGAGGAACGUGUCGGCUCCCAAGGACAACGAGGAGUCUCAGGGAGCCCCCAGGAUGCUGCGGCUGCAGAUGACAGACGGACACACCAACGCUGUGGGCCUCGAGUUCACACACCUGUCCCAGAUCAGCCCUGAACACCCUCCAGGAACCAAGGUGAAGGUCCUUGGUACGGUCCAGGUGAAGAAUGGCAUUCUGCUUCUGGACGACUCCAAGAUCUCCGUCCUCGGAGGGGAGGUCGACCACAUGAUGGAGAAAUGGGAACUGCAAAGGAGCUUGGCCAAACACAGCAGGAGUAACAUCGGACGAGAAGGUGGAGCCCCUCCCUUCGUGCCCUUCGGACAGAAGUGUGUAAGGAGAGAAGUGGACUCCAGAGAGCUGGACACCAGGAAGACUCUGGUCAGCACCAGUGUGGUGAAGACGGCUGGAAACGAAGAGUUUGAGAAGCAGAGGCUGGCAGCCAUCGCUGAGGUGGCCAAGAACAAAGAGGGAACUCGGACGUUUGGCGGCGGAGGCAAUGCUGGCGGGAACCUCGUCAAUACAGGCGGUCGGGACCGACGAGGAGGAGGAGACCGAGGAGGAGGAGGAGGAGACCGACGAGGAGGAGACCGAGGAGACAGGGACUCGUACCGGCAGAGACGAGAGGAGAGGACGGAGGAGUCCAGCCGUCCAGAAGGAAACUACAGAGAGCUCGGGAGUUACCGGGAACAACCAAACUACCGGGAACUAGGAAAUUACCGCGAGCUGGUGAGGGCUUUGACCUUUUGACCCAGUGGAUGGCGGGCCCUAAGGGACAUUAUGGAGAUGGGGUUUGAUAAGGAAGAUGCUCGUCAGGCCCUGAUGGACAACAACAACAACAUGGAGGUGGCUCUCAACAGUCUACUGACGGGGACCUUCAAACCCCCCACCCCCGAGGAACCCAGCAGACCCCCACCCAGAGCAGACAGAGGAAGGGGUCGUGGCCGGGGUCGGGGUCGGUCCAGUAGGUUUGGGGGUGAGGAUGAGGAGGAGGGAGCAGGAGGAAGACCGUCAGGACCCAGCACUCUGUUCGACUUCCUGGAGUCCAAGAUGGGGAGCUUCUCCCUACAAGGUACAGUUAGGAGUCCUGUCCUUUACCAAUAGUCUUCUCCCUACAAGGUACAGUCCUGUCCUUUACCAAUAGUCUUCUCCCUACAAGGUACAGUCCUGUCCUUUACCAAGUCUUCUCCCUACAAGGUACAGUCCUGUCCUUUACCAAUAGUCUUCUCCCUACAAGGUACAGUCCUGUCCUUUACCAAGUCUUCUCCCUACAAGGUACAGUCCUGUCCUCUACCAAUAGUCUUCUCCCUACAAGGUACAGUCCUGUCCUUUACCAAGUCUUCUCCCUACAAGGUACAGUCCUGUCCUUUACCAAUAGUCUUCUCCCUACAAGGUACAGUCCUGUCCUUUACCAAUAGUCUUCUCCCUACAAGGUACAGUCCUGUCCUUUACCAAUAGUCUUCUCCCUACAAGGUACAGUCCUGUCCUUUACCAAUAG